GGAUGGGAUCUCUGGCGAAGGUUUUCUUACUUUUCUAUCAAUAGAAGUUACUCCAUAGUUUUCUUUCCCUUUUCUUAAUGUUUUGUCAUCAAACCCUAAAUUCCUUAAUUAUUUCAAUUGGGAAUAAUAUAAUUUUCUACCUCAUACAAACAGAUGACUGCCGAUGAUACAUUGAAGCCGGAAAAGAACACAGGCCAAGAAGAUAAAGACUCGACUACCCAAUCUGAAGGGGAAUCCGAGGAGCAAGACUUUAUCAUAGAUCUAGAAAACCAAGUCCAGCCUUUCUGGGAAUCUCCUAAUCUCCGGGACACAGCUAGAGAAUGGUUAUGUGUACGAUUAUGGGUGCAGAAAGGGCCUGAUGAACAAGUUGCUUUGCUGGAAGAUGUGCUUCAAUGUGAUAAGUCUGAGGUCCAAUCCAUGCACGAAUACAGUAGUCCAUUUGAAUUUUAUGCUCUAGUGAAUGAAAAAGAAACAGCUAAAUUGUUUGCUUCAGGUAUUGUCUGUUCUCUAAGAUCUGGUUAUCCACAACGAGUUAGGGAAGAGCGAAAGAAAAUCAGAAGAAAUGAAAUUAAAAGGAAAGUCGAUGCUAGACAAAAAACAAAGAAACAAAAAGUCAGCCCGGGUAUGCCUCACUCCUUCAAUUAUGUGUUCCUUAAUCUUUAUGCUUUCCCCCGCCCAGAGGCUAAUUGCAGAGAGGCUUCUAAACCUGCUUAUAGCAAAUAUGAGCCCUACCCUCUUCUCGACGACGUGUAUAGAAGUUGGUAUCAGGUAGAAAUAAAAACAAAGAAACAGCGAGAUGAACAGAUAGCUUUUCUGCUGGAUGAGCUCAACCUUAAAUGUGACAAGUUUGAAGUGCGCUCCUUCCAUGAGUUCAUUGGUCUGUCAACAUUUAAUGCUUAUUUGACUGCAGAAGAAGCACAUAAGUUAUCUAAGCUGAAGAUGGUUCGCCUUGUCGAGCUAGGAUAUCCUAAGCGACCUAAUAGGAAAAUCAAUGCACAGCAGAAUUUUAAAGAACAAACACAGAGCUUAGGUAGCAGGCUCUCAGAGGCAAGAAAGAACAAAGAAAAAUGGAGAUUUGAUGAAGGAUUCGACCGCCCAGGAUUCGACCGAAUCUUUACGCGAGGCAUGGGAAAGGUUCAAGGACUUGAAAUCAAAUGUCCACCUGCUCUGAUUGACGAUGAUAGCCUGAUGUUCCAUUUUUAUCAAGGACUUAUGGUGCCAUCAAAGAAAGAACUUGAUCACUCUUCAAAGAUGGCUGAUUUUCCUGCUGGUAGACUAGAGUUACCUUUUGCUACCUGCGAGGCACGUGAUCGAUAUCGGGAUUGGGGUAGCAAGAAGGUGUUGACACCGCCUAAGAUUUUGGACCAUGCAGCAUUGGAGAGCAUGGGGUACUGGGACGAGGUUGACGACUUUCUCCAUGACUCCAAAUGGAGGUACUUGCUAGCACUCUGUGCACUGGCUAGCGUCCCAUUGACUAUGGAGUUUAUCUGCUCGCUGAAGUUCAGCGCUUAUGGGAGUAGAGUACGAGAUGUGGAUAGAGUGCAUCCCUUAGAAGAGACCACGCGACAUUACAUACCAGCAGAUCAGGGCACAUGCACGUGCAGUCCUUCAUACAUGCCGAAGAGCAUGCCCAUAGAUGGAGCCUAUUCCUCUGCUGUUCCACGUCCCUUGCAUACUACGUUCCACGAGCUGACCGCUGCUUUUGGUGAUCUCCGGGCAUCGAUUGAUUCACUCUUCCAGCGUUAUGAGGAGCGGUGGACUGCCUUUGAGCGCAAUCAGGAGUCUCGCUGGAAGGAAACCCAGGACCAUGAGCAGCGCGUAGAGGACACUCUAUCACAACAUGAUACACAUAUCGCCCAGAUCCUAGAUUUCAUGGAGCAGCAGUAUGGAGUUCGUUUGGAGCAGGACUUUGCAAAAAGCAUAACAGGGGACUACGACUAUUGCAGCAGUGAUUAUGAUGAUCCUUUUGAAGAAUACGAGUAUUAUCCUUCUCUGGAUGCAGCUGGGAAACGGUGGUACACAGUAAACUUGGCAAAUGAUAUGCAUGCUGAUGAUCAGAUAGCUUUGCUGCUAGACACACUCAAUCGUAGUGAGUCUGAAUUCGAAGACAUUUACAAGGGUGGCCGUUAUCGCCAUUGCUUUAGUGCUUACUUGACUGAGAAAGAGGCGGAUGAAGUCGCGGGGCUCGAAGAAGUCGAGUAUGUGGAGCCACACCGUUGUAAGGAAAGUUGGGAUUAACUAGUAUGUUACUCCCUCCGUCCGGAAAUAUUCUUCCCGUGUUGACUUGGCACGCUUAUUAAGGAAUAGUAAAAAAAAUGCAACAUUUUCAAAAAUGCACAUAAUAUAAACUUUUAAAUCUCCUUUUAUUAUUAAAAAAAUACUAAAAAAGUAGAUUUGUGAUAAAAUAGAAGGGUAUUAUUGAUAUUUAUCCUUAAAAAGUAUACUAAAAAAUGAAAUGGGAAGAAUAUUUUCGGACGGGCCAAAAAGGAAAGUGGGAAGAAUAUUUCCGGACGGAGAGAGUACUUUAUAUGAAAGUGAUUAAUUUUACCUGAUACUCCACUUGUUGUUCUCGGCCCACCAUAAUUUAACACUUCCUUCGCUGGAAUAACAUCAAAUUCAUUCU